AUGCAGCCCACCAGGAUACUGUUCAAGCGUUCCGUGUGGAAAGGUGAGUUGCGCCUUCACCUGCGAUACCUCCCCAUUGUCCGCCCCCAGGCCGGCAAGAAGGCGCCCGCCAUUUAUACGCAGCAGCGCUCUGCCACCAUCCUGCCCAACUUUGUGGGCCUCAGGUUCCAGAUCUACAACGGCAAGGUCUACCACGACGUGACCAUCACCGAGGACAUGGUCGGACACAAGCUGGGAGAGUUCUCGCCCACGAGGAAGCCCUUCAUCUGGUCGAGGGCGUAA